UUCGAGUGCCUCAGUGCGGCAGGAAAACCGCACCACGGCACCAGGAGACAGAACAGGGGAGGGAAUGCUUAAUACAUAGGUUAUUAAUACAAUAAUACAUGGACAUGAAAGGGAGAAGCUGCAUGCUUCCAAAGAACCGAAAGAAUGGAUGUAGGCCUAUUUCUGUUUUUAUGUCGGCCGGAGAGCGUUUUUUCCACUGAAAUACAAGGAAACCUUCCGAGUUUGUUUGAACGAAGCCAAUUUCAACUGCUACACGUCUGAAUGGAUGAAAAACACCAAGACCAGCGACUCAUUGUGUCAACGUGACUACAUUACACGAAAACCAGAAGCCAACCGAGCAUUUCAUGACUGAACAAAUCUGUCUAUAGUGUCCGGACAGACACCGCAUCCCGUCAUUUACCGCCGUGUGUUGUUUUCCACGAGAUUCCAUGAGUGUGAUGCUUUCGCGUUAGUGCGCUGCAGGGUUCAAGACAACAAUUGAGGGAGGAAUAUGGGUGAAGUUCAGGACGUCAGGGAUGCGAGGAAGACCUUCGUUGCUCCAUCAAUAAAGUCUUUUGAGCACUAUGACUUCUCCAGGGCCAAAAUAUGUUGUAGCUUCACAUGGCUGGUGGCCAAAGCAUACGGGACAGACAGCAUCCCGUCAGAUUUAAAGGACCCUUUCUACACGGACCAGUACGAGCAGGAGCACCUGAAGCCUCCUGUGGCCAGCCUCCUCCUCUCUGCAGACCUCUACUGCAGGGCCGGCAGCCUCAUCCUGAAGAGCGAUGCUGCCAAACCCCUGCUGGGUCAUGAUGCCGUCAUCCAGGCGCUGGCACAGCGAGGACUCUACGUCACUGACCAGGAGAGACUGGUCACAGAGAGGGACCUGCGAAAGAGGCCUCUGCAAAUGAGUGCUCACCUGGCAAUGAUUGACACCCUGAUGAUGGCAUACACGGUGGAGACAGUGAGCGUGGAGAAGGUGAUGACCUGCAUCCGUCAGUAUCCAUCCUCUGACCCUGAGGUGGAAACACCUUACGACACGGACGACGCAGUGGCCACCUGGAUCAACAGGAUAAACGAGUAUCUGAAAGACUUCUUAGUCCAGGAGCAGAGGAAGAAGGAAACGCCGAGCAACGAGCCUGCAGGGAGUCCUCGGUCUCCAACCAAGUGGUACAUGAAGCUUGUGCCUGCUCGCUACAGGAAGGAGCAGACGUCGACCCAGCUGGUUCCCUGGAUCCCCCCUGUGGACAACCUGCUGAAAGACAGCACAGACGGCUCAGCCCUGGGUGCUCUGCUGCACUUCUACUGCCCUGAGCUGCUACCUUUAGACGAUGUCUGUCUGAAGGAGAACAUGACGCUGGCUGAUCGGCUCUACAACCUGCAGCUCAUUCAGGACUUCUGCAAAGACAACCUGAGCAGCUGCUGCCACUUCAGCCUGGAGGACAUGCUGUACGCCUCCUCCACUAUCAAGAAUAACUACCUGGUGUUUAUGGCAGAGCUGUUCUGGUGGUUUGAGGUGGUCAAGCCAUCUUUUGUGAAACCAAGAAUGCUGGACAAUGAAGGCACAGAGCACUCAUCCUUGAUGAAGAAUAUUCCAGCCAUCCCCAUCUCCAAAGCAACAAAGAGGAGCUUCAUGGAAAGACCCCCGAGUCCCGAAAGACCCAGUUUGCCCCUCCGACCACAGCCAAGGAACUCAGGAGAGAUCAAGAGGUCGACCUCAAUGUCCUUUGUUGAUGGCAACCUUGGCACUUGGCCCAAGGAGAAAAGGUCUGGGCCUUAUGGAGUGUCUUUCGACAUCCCCUUCAACAAAGAUGACUCUGCCACUGCCCUUCUGUCCUCCACGCGUGGCAUGGUCAGGUCCGUCAGCACGGAUGAUGGUUCUGGCUUCAGGGUCCAGCACCUGCCCCGAGGAAUGAAGCGUAACCUGUCCUUCCAGCCAGUGAAUGGUCAGAGUAUCGGCAUUGAGGAGGAGGGCUGCCCAGACAGCCUGGCUGGUGUGGAGCCCAGUAUGAGCGCAUACCCCAACGGGCAUGGAAGUGCCAUGGCAACUACUCCCUCCAUUGAGGAAGCCCUGCAGAUCAUCCACAGCCCAAAUAGGCCCCCUGUCGAGGGGAUCAACAGCGGUUUCUUUCUGCACAGUCAGGGCCACAGGGCUGGUGUUGACGGCUUGGAGCCAGUGUCAGAGUCAGAGUCCAAAGGGCCUCUGAGCACUACAGACACAACCGAGGUUGACACUGGCAUCCAUAUCCGAACAGAAGACAUGUUGGAUGAGGAUUCCUCCCUAAAGGACUGUUCUGUGAACAUGGACCUCGAUAUGGACACUCCAAGCCCCUGCACAAGCAGUCAGAGCAAAUCCCCCUCAGGAGUAAAGAUGACCAGCUUUGCAGAACAGAAGUUUAGGAAACACAGUCCAUCAGCGGCAGACUCAGGGAGGUGCAGCAGCAGCUCCCUCAAGACCACUCCUGAGGGCUCUGAGUUUUGCCUUCCUUUAUCUGUCUCUUGGGCCCCAACCCCUGAGCACAGCCCCAUCCAUCAACAAACCCCACCUCCCCUCACUGCUAAAGCUUCACCCACACCUGUACAACUCCCACCAAAUGACCCUGCUCAGGUCAUGGCUACAGAGAUGGUACAGCUGAGGAUGAGGCUAGAGGAGAAACGUAAAGCCAUCGAAGCGCAGAAGAAAAAAGUGGAGGCUGCUUUCACGAGACAUCGACAGAAGAUGGGCCACUCAGCCUUUCUCAAUGUGGUUAAAAGAAAAGGGGAUGGGGCUGCAAGUGGAGAGGAGGGAGGGAAAACUGACGGAGAAGGCAAGGCAGCAAGCGCGAGUCCUGCCUUUAAAUUUGGGAGGAGCAAGGCAGACACGCCUGAUGGGGCAGAGCAAAGCGGCACAGCCUCCUGCUGGACAAAGUCACCGGGUUCGGGAGAGGAAGGUGGGCAAAGCCAUGUUCAGCCAACCGAGGGAGAUCUGACUGAGUAUACUCGUUCUAUAGACAAACUCAACCAUUCGUUAGCUUUCCUUCAGACUGAGAUGCAGCGGUUGGCUCAGCAGCAGGAAGUGAUCAUGGCCAUGAGGGAGCAACAACAUCAGCAAGCAUGGGUAAUCCCUGCCACACAUACCAACCCAUCACCACAGAAACACGGUCGAGCCGGAGCUGUCACACGAUCCUCAGGACCCUCUUCUCCAGCCGACUCCCCUCGUUCAACUCAUCGCUCCCCAACCAGCAUCAAACGCAAAUCUGCCUCCUUCCACUCACGUAAUCCUCGCACCGUACGUCCCAGUGAACUGAAGCUCGCCCCUUACAAUCGAGUCCUAACUGCCCCUCAGUCUGUUGACAGCAUCCCUAGGUUGCGCAGAUUUUCUCCCUGCCAGCCCUUGUUGAGUUCCUUUGUUUACAUGGGGGAGAAACCAGAAACCAUCAAUCUAGCAACGUUUGCCUCAAAUGAAGAUAACAACAAGGAGACAGAGUCAGAGCUUACCAAUAUAUGUGUAGCAAACACGCCUCCUAGUUCCCCCAACCUGCAGAACAAAAGAGAACAAACUGAAGAAAAUUCAUCCAAACCUCAGGAAACAGAGGUGUACGGCGAAUGCGCUGGCUUGGAAACAGCUGAGCAGAAUGUUCCGACAUCAGAUCGCAAACCUUCCAUAAGGUCAUCAGUUCCCGAGGUCCUGGCCCACCCUGUGGUAGAGACCUUUACGGUGACACCUACAGAGAUUCCUCCCCAGCAGGACGACUCAGGCCAAGUCAAGAGCAGCUUGAUCGAGGUUCCUCUGUCAGUAGUAAAGCCCCUGGAGGAUCUGACACUUGAUGAUGAUCUGGAGCUACAGCAGGGUGUGGAAGGCCUGGAAAACGAUCAGAAGAUGUGUCGUGGUUUCUUCUUUAAGGACGAUGAAAAGGCAGAGCAGAACAUGGCUCAGAAGAGAGCGGCGCUGUUGGAGAAAAGGAUGAGGAGGGAGAAGGAGACCCUGCAGAGAAAGAUGCAGCUGGAGGCAGAGUUGGAGCAGAAGAAAGAGGAAUCUCGACUGAAAGCAGAGGAGGAACGCAUCAGGAAGGAGGAGGAUAAGGCAAGGAAGGAGUUCAUCAAGCAGGAGUAUCUCAGGAGGAAGCAGCUGAAACUGAUGGAGGACAUGGAUACCGUUAUUAAACCCCGACCAGCCACCGGGGCCAAGCAAAGGCGGGGGCGGCCCAAAUCCAUCCAUCGCGACAGCAUGGACUCCCCAAAAACGCCAGUCAGAGCUGCUACAGGUUCACGACAACGUGUCUUUUCAGUCUCCAGCUUGUCCCUGGCUUCCCUCAACCUGGGAGACAGUGACAGUGUUCACUCUGAGAAGAGGACGCCCAGGCCAGAUUCUGCAGAUGGCUUCCUGUCUCCGAGUCGUUCCAGCAGCAGGAAUGGAGAGAAGGACUGGGAGAAUGCAUCAACAACCUCCUCUGUUACAUCAAACACAGAGUACACAGGACCAAAGCUGUACAAGGAGCCCAGUGCCAAAUCCAACAAGCACAUCAUCCAGAACGCUCUGGCCCACUGCUGCCUCGCAGGCAAAGUUAAUGAGGGGCAAAAGAACAAGAUCCUGGAGGAAAUGGAGAAAUCGGAGGCCAACAACUUCUUGGUUUUGUUCCGAGACGCUGGCUGCCAGUUCCGCUCACUCUACACUUACUGCCCAGAGACGGAGGAGAUCAACAAGCUGACAGGCAUCGGCCCGAAGAGCAUCACGCGCAAGAUGAUCGACGGCCUUUACAAGUACAACUCGGACAAAAAGCAGUUCAGUCAGAUACCAGCCAAGACCAUGUCGGCCAGCGUGGACGCCGUGACGAUCCACAGCCAUCUCUGGCAAACCAAGAAGCCAGCUACCCCUAAAAAAGUAGUGCCUGCCCAGUCCUAAUAGAACUUGACACCUCAAAAGGAACAAAUCCAUUUCAGUUUGCACUUCACUGUACAUAUCCAUAAAGAUUCAAGCACCUGCAAUGCUAGUUAGAUGAAUGCAUAUUUGUCUUUUUUUUAUGUUUGUUCGUUAUUUUCUCUUAUUGCAUUUGUGUCCUUGUAUCUCCUCCUUACUCUGGACUGGACAUGAUUGCACUCAAAGAUUAUGAACAAUUGGAAUGUAUUCCACAGUCGAAGACUAUUGUACAUGCUCAUUACGUUUUUAGAGAUUGCCAUGUUUGAGUCCUUUUACCGAGGCAUGUGUGAGUGUUUUUUCUUCAUCAUGUGCCAAACUGCAAAAUAAGAGACCGUAUGAAUGCUAGGACAUUUCAUUAGGUACCCUAAAGCACUGAAUGUUUUUAAUUCAAGUACAGAUUACUUGUUUUUUCAUGAUCCUAUUGAUGUGUGGCCUUGUGCGCGUUUUGUUUCAGCGUGUGAGUGCAAUGAGGUGAUUGUAAGACUGCGUGUAUAUAGAGAGGGGGUUUUUGUAUCUGGAAGAACACUUUUUUUCUUCGUCUGUUGGUAAAGCAGUUUGUAUAUUAUGGUAUGUAAAACUACAAAGGGCCAAAAAGUGAUUACAUACAGCUAGUGUUAGCCGCACAGUACACGUGUGUUCAACUCUACAAAGCAAAGCGGUUUCAGCUUCUUUCUUCUUUUUUUUUACAAUCCGUUUUGAGAGAAAGUGAUUUUAAAGAAUGCCUGAUGUUACCCUAGAUCACUGGUUCUCAACCUGUGAUCUAGGUCCAAUUGUCUGCAGGUCGAGAAACCUGCAGACAAUUGGAGCCUGGAUGUAUUAUGUUUGGGGGGGGAAAAAUGUUUUCUUACAUACAAAUGUGCUGUCAUGUGUAUAAUUGUUGUGUCAAAUUUCAUUUUCAAGUAGUUGCAACCUCAAGAUGUAUUUCAGUAUUUUGCAUAGAAUUGGAGGAGAGUGUAAAUGUAAAUAAUCUCUUCAGGGUCAAAGCGGACUCUGGCUUGUUUACACUGCAAGGCAAUGCUUCAACCAAAAAAAAGGUUGAGAACCAGUGUUGUAGAUGAUUUGAGCUGCUUGUUAAUGAAAUGAAACAGCUCACUACCUUGAUUUCAUUUUCAAAUGCCUCCUGCUGCUGUAUUAUGUAGGAUCUUUGCAGUAAACUACACAUGCGAAAAAACACUCAACUACUAGUUUUCAGGAACAGAUUCUUGUUUGUGUUUUACUCCCUCUCUGAUGGAUAAAAGCGUCUGCUAAAUGAUCUGUAGAACAUGACAGAUUUCACCUCAGAAGGAUUCCUCUCCAUAUCAAUAUCCACAUUUAAAAUGAAGCUGUUACAUUAAGUACUUUUUGCCAGAAAGUAUUAAAUUAAUCUCUCUCACAAUGGGAUUAAUCCUCUUCACAAAGUCAAAUCAAGCGACCACUAAACACUUCAUAUAGUUCAUAUAUAUUUACGUAGACAAAGAUAGGAAUACUGUUCGAAUAAAAGUACGCUUCUGUGGGCGUGCCCGUUUGGCUCAGUUGGUAGAGUUAGGUGCAUCAUGUACCGAGGCUACAGUCCUCGUCACACUGGUUUUAGACUAUCCUGCGGUCUUCAUAAAAUUUGGUGCAUGUCAUCCCCACUCUCUUUCCCCACAUUUCCUGUCUCUAUAGCUGUCCUAUCAAAUAACAACAAACAGCCCCAAAACACUUUGAAAGAAAUUCUACAUGAUGAAUAGAAAGGCAGUCAUACUUCAGUGUGAGUGUUGCCUGAUAAAUACAUUUAGCCCACUGUUCGAAUGGCUGAAUCUUUUUCAACACAUCAGUUUAUCUACUGUUCUAACAUGACAUAAACAUGCCUUGACCAAAAAUAACAAAAGUAAGCAUUAGCAGCAGGCCGUAUAUGUCUGUUGUCUAUAAGAUGCAACAUGUCCUGAAAAGGGGCAGAUAUUAUUGUUCGGUUUCAUUUUGUCUAGUCUUAAGAAAAUGAAUUUGACAAAAUAAUGCAAAGCAGAAUAGGGCGGAUCCUUGUUGCUCCAUACGGGUAGAGACUCACCAUGAAGUGUAAUGAGUGUAAGUAUCAUGUUCAAUUUGCCAUUGAGUGUCACGUCCACACUAUCUGCAGGUACAAUUUCCAAUAAUAAAAAAAAGAAACUGAAUUGGUGCUCUGUUUCAUCGAUUAAGGAGUGGGGGUGGUGUGAGCCUGUUUAGAAGUAUUUCUCUUUGGCGUUUGGGAUGGAUUUACCACAGGAAAUCCUUCCAUCUGUCUUUGGCUGCUACAGGCCAAGGUUAACAACUAUUGAGAGUGUAAUAAUAUUGUACAGUGUGUUCAUGUAGGCUCAUUUUUGUCCACUAUGAUGACUUUUAUUUUGUUUGUGAGAUGCUGUGCUGUCAUUCUAAAUAUUGCUGAACAUGUCUUUUUUUUGUUUACUUUUUGCAUUUAAUAAAACAAAGCAUGGCCUCAG